AUUUUUAAUAAUUUAACUUAAAACACACACAAAAUUAGCUUCAUUUUAUAAUUUGUUGAAGACAAGUAUAAAAUAGUAAAUUCUUGGACCAACCCAGCUUUUAACAUAACGAGAAAAGCUCACCAAUUUCAUCAUCGUCCCCUGAAACGUGAAACCAAAGGUGCUUUGCUUCGUCAUUGUAGUUUCGAUAGCUCAAUCGGAUUUGCUUCUGAAUCGAAAAUUGGAUCCGGAUUUCUGAAUGAAAUUCCACAUUCUCUCACCUACCUCUGGAAUUUCACUCAAAUGGCUACACCACUCCUCGCUGGUCUUGCAGUAGCUGCAGCAGCUCUUGCUGGUAGAUAUGGAAUUCGAGCUUGGCAAGCAUUCAAGUCACGGCCACCACAAGCUAGAUCACGCAAAUUCUAUGAAGGUGGUUUCUAUCCUACGAUGACGAGGAGGGAAGCAGCUCUUAUUCUUGGUAUUAGAGAAAAUGCAACUCCAGAUAAGAUUAAGGAAGCACAUAGAAGGGUCAUGAUCGCAAACCAUCCUGAUGCUGGUGGCAGUCAUUAUCUUGCUUCUAAGAUCAAUGAAGCUAAGGAUGUGCUACUCGGAAAAUCAAAAAGCAGUGGAUCAGCAUUUUAAUGAGGUGCGCUGCUUUAAUUUUAGGAUCCCUGCAAAAAAGGGGGGGAAAACUUUCUUUUCCAAAUAUACUUCAAAAGUUCAAACAACCUGCCAAACGCUAUGCUCACCAAUCGAUUUUAUUUCCUUUAGUCUGAGAAAAAAAGAUACAAUGUUUAGACUUGAAGUUGACUUUAAUGCUGAAAGUUCCUUUGAACAUUAAAAUAAGUAUGAUUGUGAAGUGCAUCCCAUAAUCGGAGUCAUGGAACAAUAUUGUCUUUUCAUAGUCAUUCACUUAUCUAAUCUCUACCAGGACAAGUUAUCUGUAUGCGUUUUCUUUAGACAUUUAUCAUUUUUCUAUUUUCAGUCUCUAGUGAUUUGAAUUUGUACAGCAACCUUUGUCAAGUUUAUGUUUUCUUUCUUUUCUUAUCAUGGAUUAUAGAUUGGUUAUAUUGUAUUCUAGUCAUUGGAUUCUCAGAAAUCUAAGUGGAGAAUUCUAUGUUGGUUUUCUUUUUUUUGGGAAAUAGUCAUAAUCAAAGGGACUGUCUUUGGGAUUAUUAUUUUGAAUAUAAGAUAUUGUUGCUUUGAUUGGACAUCAGCAAUAUUAGUUAUCGUAUUCGUUUUGCUUA